AUGGACGGGAUGGACGUGUGGGUCAGCACCCUGGCCCAGCUGAUGGCCAAGAGGAAGCCCGAGGACACCUGGGAGCUGGUCCUGGAGGAGAACCUGGCCUCGGGGCAGCUGGACAGCGGCAGUCACGAGUAUCGGCUGAGGGGGCUCUCCAGGCUCCAGUGCAGCCGCUGCCAGUGGGGCUGGUCCUCUGCCCACGUGCACAGCCUAUUCCACGUGCGAUGGGACAAGGACCGCCGCCUGGGGCUGGUGAAGAUGCGGAUCUGGGCCCAGGCGUGCCAGCUGUGCCCGCCGGCCGCCCGGGGCGCCUGCCAGGUGAGCCUGCUGAACGUGCGGCUCUUCCUCAACAAGCUGGUCCUGUUCGUCCUGCAGCAGUGCUACCAGGAGAGCAUCAGCUCCGACCAGUGCCCCGAGGUCUGCUUCGGGGACCACUGUGAGGCCUGCGACCUGGGCGUCUGCUUCUUCCAGAAGCCUCCGGACCCCGCCUGGGAGCCGGGGACCAGGAGCCCCAGCGCCGUCCAGGCCAUGCCAGCCCUGGGCGGCGGCGCCGUGGCCAGCCGUGCCUGGGACUUCAUCCCCCCGUCUGCGUCCGAGCCCCUCUCUGAGAGCUGCCGCUUCUUCAGCGAGGACGCGGACAUCGUCACCGUCCCCUUCACCCUGGCCAGUGUGGGGAAGGACAAGGGCUCCGCUGGCCCCGGAGAGGGCUCCCCCGGCGAGGCCGGCCCCCAGGGGCUCCUGAUCAUCGACGGUGGCGGCUCCGCCGACCAGCCUGCCAGCCUCGGGGCCUUGCCCACCAGCGUGAGCAUCCUGGUCAACAUCAAGACCCCCGUCCUCCACGGCAAAGGCCACCUGCUCAAGAGCAUCAAGUCCUUCCAGGUCAAAGGCUUCAUCUUCAAGGGCUGUGGCUCCCUUUUGGGCCAAGCCCCAGGCCCGGGCGCCGAUCCCAGCAGCGACAGCGCACCCGCCGGAGACGCCACCGUGCCCGUGUCCUACGUCCUGGGCCUCACGGAGAAGGGCGAGGGCUCCGUCACCUUCCCCUUGUCCUUGGCCAAUGUCACCCAGGGCCCCAGCCCCCUCCUGGACCUCCACAGCUCCCUGACCUUCCCCUUCGUCAUUUCCGACCAGAGCAAGGGCGGGGCAGAGCGCGGCUCCGACCCUGCCCCCAGCCCCGCCUCCUCGGGGAGCCGGGGCUCCCUCAUCAUCCCCUCCUCCGUCUUCAUGAAGCUCGGGGGGCCGCCAGGCAGCGGCUGCCGCAGGAGCAGGCACUGGGACAGGCACCGGCGCCGCCGGGCCCGGGGGCCUCGGUCCCGGCCCCGCCGGGGGGAGGACCACUUGGAGGCGGAGGACAACUGGUGCUGGCAGGGUCUGGAUCCCUACGAAGAUGUCUGGGUCUGGAUGUGCAUGAUCUUCUUCGUCCUCUGGACCUUGUACCUGUGCUCGUCUUGA